GAAACACCUUGUCAUCAACAACUAUUACAGGCCAGCCUCCUUGUCGGCACUUUCUCGUAGGGAGCAUCUUCUUCCUCUUUCAUCAUGAACGGAAUGAAAGGGAUGUUCAAGGAGGGCUGGCACCCCAAGGGCAAAAAUGGUGGAAAGGAGAGCUGGCGGGGUGACUUCAAAGGUAUCAACCAAGUGGCAGGAUGGAUGGGCAAGGGAAAGGAGGAAGAAGAGCAGGUCCAUGUUGCUCGGCCUCUAAAUACACUUCGAGACCCGGCGGAAUUUGGACCACCACCCAAACGGGGUGUUGUGUCUUCGCAGAGACCAAUCUCUGAUCGAACAUCCUCAACAUCAUCAUACGACCGAUCUGUGCAGAAUCAACCCGUAGUGGUUGAAGCAGAGAGUGAUGAAGGCCCACGCCCUGCAUUGCCGUCCCGCCCGAGCAGAACAGCUUCAUCAACCAACGUUCCACCACCACCACCAGUUAGGCGCGUCAAGUCUACAGCAGACCCAGAGACGAUUAAUCAUACACUGCCAAGACCGGAAGCCCCCCCUCUUCUUCCUCCCCGACUUCCUCCACGAACCAAUUCCAUACCGUCAACGUCACCUUCCCCGCCGUCGCCUGCGUAUUCGGCAGCAUCACCGUCGGAAGCAUACUCAGAGGGAUAUGUGAACCAGGAGGCUGCGUCCCGCCUCUCCAGUGCUGGUGUUUCUGUUCCUGCUCUAGGGAUCGGCAAUGAUGGCAAUGCGUAUGGAAGAGAUAACAGACAAAGGAUUGAUCUGGUGCAGCAGGCGCCAGUCAACGAACUGCAGGCUCGUUUCUCACGCAUGACGACGAAAUCUUCCUCCUCGCUAUCCCCCGCUCCAACGUCCAAUUAUUCGUCACCCGGUACCCCUUCCAACUCGACUAGAUCACCACCGCCGCCGCCAGUUUCACGGGUUGAUACGAGCCGGUCAAUGUCAAGCAGUAAUGGAGAAGGCUUGCCUCGGAAGAAGGCACCGCCUCCACCACCUCCUAAAAAGGCAUCAAUAAGAGCCCUGCCUGUCAAUGCCCAGGCUUCUAGUCCUCCACCAAUUCCCCAUGGAACCAAACCACGUUGAGCGGUGUAUUCCUGGCCAUGCGGGGCUGGCAUUUAAAUCUACAAGUAGAUUUGUAAUAUUAUUUAUCACAUCUGGCAUUAUAGUAUAUGAUCUCUUCUUGGAAGGCAAAGGUCUAGAUUGAGUAGUUUAGGAAAAUUGACGACAAAACUGGGCACGCUGAUAUCAUGGUGUGCAUCCUAUGAAUGGAUCAAGCCUGCUGCCAUCAGGUUCAUCCAGAAAAGACUAGAGAGAUUUUUUCCUGCUUAUCAGUAUUACUGCAUGGUUACUUGGCCUGAGGCUCAUCUGUCCGAGGACUUUGACAGGCUCGAAACACCAGCGUAGUGGGAUUCAGCAAACACGGGGUCUUUCUUUCUUUGACCGCGAACAAGGGGGGCUCCUAUUCUAGGAAGUCCUUGUUCGACGACUGACGCUUCCCAGGUCUCUUAUGGAUUGAUAGAGGAACUGGAAGCCUGCUCAAGCAUCACUCCAGACAGG